AUGGCUGACGUUUGGAAACAAUCAUCUCAUGUUAGCUUAUCAAUGCCAACUGAACCACCAUCCAGUGACAAAUCAAAUACAAGUGAUAACUUACAAUUUAUAAACGCAUUUACCUAUCCUAAUUUUCAAGAACAAGAACAGCAAUCAUCACAUCAACAACAACAACAACAACAACAGCAUACAAAUAUUUCAUUUUCUGGUAAUAUGGAACCAGAUCAGUCAUCUCAAAUUCGACAUCGUGGUUGGUUAGGUGGUACAUUAGAUAAACAAGGAUUUGGAUGGUUAUUGGAUUCGGCUGAGGACGAACAAGAAGAAGAAAACAGGCCUUUGUUGGAAGAAUUAGACAUCAAUCUACAUGAAAUAACAGCAAAACUACGUUGUGUCAUAUUGCCAAUUCCGUCACGUUCAAUUCAAAGAGCGGCUUUGCUAAGAGAUAAUCCAGAUUUCUGGGGACCUGUUGUGUCAUGGAUCAUCACAAUCUGGAUAUUUGGUUCACUUGCGAUAUUUGUACUAGCUAGAGUUUUAGGAGGCGAGGUAUAUUACUCACAAAUUGUUGGAACAAUUGGUUACUCACUUUUGCCGUUAUUAUUUGUGGCAUUUGCUUGUCCAUUAGUAAAAACGAUGCAUUAUUUUGUUAAUUUUAUCAAAUUACUUGGUGUAACAUGGUCAACGUACAGUGCUGCUACGUUAUUAUGUGUCGAAGAACUUCAACAUAAAAAGCCAUUGCUUCUUUAUCCAAUAUUUUUAUUGUACAUUUAUUUUCUAUCACUUUAUACAGGUGUUUAA